AUCCUCCCUGGACUCUACCUUGGGAACUUCAUUGAUGCCAAAGACCUGGAGCAGCUAAGCCGGAACAAGAUCACCCAUAUCGUUUCGAUCCAUGAAUCUCCCCAACCCUUGCUGCAGGACAUCACCUACCUCCGCAUCCCCCUGCCCGACACCCCUGAGGCCAACAUCAAGAGGCACUUCAAGGAAUGCAUCACUUUCAUCCAUCAGUGUCGCCUGCGCGGAGGGAACUGCCUCGUCCACUGCCUCGCCGGCAUCUCCCGCAGCACCACCGUGGUCGUCGCCUACGUCAUGGCCGUCACGGAGCUGAGCUCCCAGGAGGUGCUGGAGGCCAUCCGAACUGUCCGGCCCGUUGCCAACCCCAACCCUGGCUUCAGGCAGCAGCUGGCUGAGUUCAGCGGUGGCUCAGCCCCCAAGGGGGGCCCAGUCCGCAGGCACCUGAAGCAGAGGUAUGGGACGUCCCCUUUCAACGACGAGGAAGAAAUCCUGGCCUUGUUGCCAGCAGGGAGAGGCGGAUCGUCCAGGACAGAAGGAGCUCUGCAAGGACUGGUCCCAAGAGCCAGAGACAUGAGGAGCACAACUCCCUUCCUGCUGCGGGUGAAGAGGACGUUCUCCUGCAUCCCAGCUUGUCUGAAGUGA